AUGCUCGAGGAUAUCGAGAAGCCCUCGGCUCAUCAGGAGGGCUACGUGGAGGGCAACGCGCUGCUCGUCGACAAGCAUGGCAACGUCCGAAAAGUCCCAGUGCCUUCCAGCAACCCUAAUGACCCUCUCAACUUCAAGACCUGGGAGAAGUGGGCAGUCAUCCUCACAUGCUGUUGGUUUUCCGUCAUGAGCUUGGCUCUUGCAGGCGGCCUCGGUGCAAUCUUGAACGUCUUUUUUGCAAUUUACUCUCCCCAGGGCUAUAAGCCAGCAGAUAUUGCUUUCCUCUUGACCCUUCCGUCUCUUUGUAUUGGUCUGGGCAAUUUCAUUAUCCUGCCGGUAUCUCUCGCAUUCGGCCGACGACCUGUCUUCCUGAUCUCAACAAUCAUCCUACUCGCAGCCACGAUCGGCUCCGCGGUUCAGAAUAGCUACAAUGGCCAUCUUGCGAGCCGAGUCAUCCAAGGACUCGCUACAGGUGCCUCCGAGUCACUACUUCCACUCAUGCUCACGGAAGUGACAUAUCUGCAUGAGCGCGGUCGCGUAUUUGGUCUGUACUGGACGAUCCAGAACAUUCUUAGCAGUACUCUGAACCUGGCAAGCAGCUACGAGGCUGCUGCCCUUGGAUGGAGAUGGUACUACUGGAUCUUUGUCAUCGCCAUCGCUGUUGGAUUGGUUCUUGCGGUCCUGUUCGGCUUCGAGACGCGAUUCGCCCGACCUGCUGUCAACCUGGACGGCCGCGUUAUUAUGACUGACGACUUUGGUGUUACUCACAUCAUUCCCGACAACGAGGCCCAAGAAUAUCUCGAACAACAUGGAAUUGAACCCCAGCCCGAUGAGGUCGAUGUACCCAAGAAAUCAUACAUGCAAAUGUUGAAGCCUUGGUCGGAGCCCCACCCAACUCCUGGAAAGAUGAUUGUCCUCUCAUGGCUUCGCAUGGCCCAGAGCAUGACUUCGCCCGCCAUACUCUAUGUGGUUCUAGCUAGCUCCAUUACCCUUGGAUGUGUCGUCGGUAUUUCCCUGACAUACGAUACUGUGCUCCAACAGUACGGGUGGAAACCGCAAGAUGUUGGCCUGAUCAACCUGGGCGGUGUUGUCGGUGGCCUCCUCGGUGCUGCCUAUUGCACUCUGCUUGGAGAGCCAUUCGUGCUGUGGAUGGCCAAGCGCCACCAUGGAAUUCACAAACCCGAGCAUCGAUUAAUCGUACUCAUCCCUAUGGCACUCCUUGGUUUCGCUAUGCUGCUCCUGUAUGGAUUCAUGGCAACCGCGGCCUUUGAAGGUGGCGGCUCCUCUUGGGGUGCUGUGAUUAGUUGGACACUCUUCCAAAUCACCUUCACCAGCGUGUUGAUCAUCAGCACCACCUUUGCCUCAGAAGCUAGCCCGAAGCACCCCGGUCCAGCCUUGGUCAUGGUGGUGGGCACCAAGAAUAUUGUGUCCUUUGGAGUGGCUUUUGGCAUGACGCCUAUGGUCGCGCAGGGAGGCUAUACCUGGACGUUUGGGGUUUUAUCGGGUAUUUUUGGGGCUAUCUUUAUUCUGGGCGUGCCUGUAUACAUCCUGAACCCCAUUUGGCGACGAUAUGCGACGCGUAGAGAGGAGAGAAGCGGAGUCACCACCACUGAUUGAGUUGCAACAGAGUAGCUGUAGCAUGAAUACACG